AUGCCUAAGUCAAAGGAACUUGUGUCUUCAAGCUCAUCUGCCAGUGAUUCAGAUAGUGAAGUUGACAAAAAGGCAAAGCGGAAAAAGCAAGCAGCUCCAGAAAAGCCUGUAAAGAAACAGAAGACUGGUGAAAGUUCAAAAGGUGCAGCUUCUUCUAAGCAAAGCAGUAACAGAGACGAGAAUAUGUUUCAGAUUGGCAAAAUGAGGUAUGUCAGUGUUCGUGACUUUAAAGGGAAAGUCUUAAUUGAUAUUAGAGAAUAUUGGAUGGAUCAAGAAGGUGAAAUGAAGCCUGGCAGAAAAGGUAUUUCUUUAAAUCCAGAACAAUGGAACCAGCUGAAGGAACAGAUUUCUGAUAUUGAUGAUGCAGUAAGAAAACUGUAAAGACAGCCAUACAGAAACUUUUAUCAUUUUAGUUGUUUUAAGCGGUCUUUUUACAUUGGCUUUUGUUUUCUAAAAUAUUGUUUUCCAAGCUAUUGUAUAUUUGGAUUGCAAAACGAUUUGUAAGAUGAAUACUUUUUUUAUGUGCAUUAAAAGUGUAUUCUGAGUGAGGCUAUUUGUGUAUACUUUACUAAAAGAAAAUGUGUUGCUUUCACCUCAUGGUGUAAAAUAAACAAUUCAAGUACUAUGUAAAGCA